AUGUAUGUCACACCCAGUCCGUAUAUGAUCUAUUCCUCUUCAAUCUCCAAGGAGACCCUGCAGAGAGAAUCCAUACCCGCCUGGCACAACACUUUGAGCCGCCUACAUCACCGGGCUAGAAGGUCGUCGCAGUGUGCAAGCAGUGCAAAGCGCUUCAUAAUGUUGAAGACGCGUAAGCUCGAAGGCGAAGACUUGGUCUUGAUCGUCACCGAACACUCCGAUUGGGGGCAAGGCCAAGUUUCGGAGAAAAAUUCGAUAGUCAGCGACAGCGUGUGGGAUAUGGAAGAGCCCUCCACGCCAGGUGAGUGGGAUGAGGCUGAGAUUCACGACCACUGUCCAGACAAUGGACGAACUGGGGAGAUAUCGUCGGAAGAAGGUCUCAUCUCCCAGAGCAUCAAAAUAAUCGCGGCGAAAAAAAAAUAUCCCCAAGAGGUCAAGUGA